AUGGCGAACCCUUCUCACUCCCAAGUCAUCGCAGCCCCAGACAGCUCUGGGCGGCUGCUGCGUCUCGUUAGUGCCAGCUCUGUUAUGAUGCAGCUCUUGGGGAAGAGCACCAACAUCCGCAUGUCUCAGAUUCUGGAGCAUCACGAUGACGAAGACUUCAGUGCACACCGCACAAAGAUCGUCUGCACAAUGGGCCCCAGCUGCUGGGAUGUUGACAAGCUUGUGCAGCUUAUUGAUGCCGGCAUGAACGUUUGCAGACUCAACUUUUCCCACGGAGACCAUGAGGCUCAUGGACGCGUCGUUCGGAACCUGCAGGAGGCACUCAAGCAGCGUCCGGGGAAGCGUGUAGCUCUGCUCCUCGACACGAAGGGUCCAGAAAUCAGAACAGGGAUGCUAGAGGGCGACAAGCCAAUUGAACUGCAGGCGGGAGACAUGCUGAAGAUUGUGACGGAUUACUCCCAUGUUGGAAACAAGAGCUGCAUCGCGUGUUCCUAUGAGAAACUCCCCACCUCGGUUAAACCAGGUAACACCAUUCUGAUUGCCGAUGGAUCUCUGUCUGUGGAAGUAGUGGAGUGCGGGAAGGACUACGUAAUGACGAAGGUGAUGAAUCCGGCGAUCAUUGGUAACAAGAAGAAUAUGAACCUGCCAGGCGUCAAAGUGGAUCUGCCCGUGAUCGGAGAGAAAGACAAAAAUGAUAUUCUGAAUUUUGGCGUGCCGAUGGGGUGCAACUUUGUUGCCGCCUCGUUCGUACAGUCGGCAGACGACGUGCGAUACAUCCGGAACAUUCUUGGUUCGAAGGGCCGCAACAUCAAGAUUAUUCCCAAGAUCGAGAAUGUUGAGGGGCUGCUGAACUUCGACGAAAUUCUUCAAGAGGCUGACGGCAUCAUGAUUGCGAGAGGCGAUCUGGGCAUGGAGAUUCCACCCGAAAAGGUCUUCCUUGCGCAAAAGAUGAUGAUUUCCAAAUGCAACGUGGCAGGCAAGCCGGUAAUCACAGCAACACAGAUGCUCGAGUCCAUGACGAAGAACCCCCGACCCACCCGCGCAGAAGCAGCCGACGUGGCAAAUGCGGUCCUCGACGGGACGGACUGCGUGAUGCUUUCUGGGGAGACAGCGAACGGAAGCUUCCCUGUGCAGGCAGUGACGGUCAUGUCACGUGUUUGCUUUGAAGCAGAAGGUUGCAUCGACUACCAGCAGGUGUACCGUGCAACUUGCCAAGCCACCAUGACACCCAUUGACACCCAAGAGGCUGUAGCCCGCGCAGCUGUUGAGACAGCCCAGUCCAUCAACGCCUCCCUCAUUCUUGCACUCACUGAGACAGGCCGCACUGCCCGUCUAAUUGCCAAGUACAGGCCCAUGCAACCGAUUCUGGCGCUGAGUGCUUCUGAGGAAACAAUCAAACACCUUCAGGUCAUCCGCGGUGUCACGACACUUCUGGUUCCCACAUUCCAGGGCACCGAUCAGCUGAUCCGUAAUGCGCUUUCGGCUGCGAAGGAGCUGCAGCUUGUGAGUGAGGGGGAGAGCAUUGUUGCGGUUCAUGGCAUGAAGGAGGAAGUUGCCGGCUGGUCGAACCUGCUUAAGGUCCUUGUCGUUGAGUAA